CCAGAGCUCACAAAAACGUUUUAACGGCAUUUCAUAAGGAAGAAAAAAAAUGAAGAGCCCGUAUUUUCUUCUCGCAAUUCUCCUUGGAAUCUCAGGAAAAUCUCAGUCUACGAAAAUCAAGGUAAUUAAAGGAAACGACCCAGGACCAUGUUCAAAAAAAAGCAAUGGAGAGAUGACGUUGGUUCGCGAUCGACAGAACAAACCUAAAUUCUUGAUAUGUUCUAAAGUUAACGGUAUUUUUGGAUGGAGAACCAUAGAUGGUUCUAGUUCUCCAGGAGAGUUUUUCAACCCUGUAUACGACUGCUCAACCAUAUUGGAUAAAGAUCCAAAAGCUAAAGAUGGAUUUUAUUGGAUAACACUUGGAGAAAAGAAACCGAAAAAGGUUUAUUGUGACAUGACAACUGAUGGUGGUGGGUUCAUGUUGAUUGGUCGAAAAAAUACAUCAGUUUCAUGGACAGUACCAUCAAACAACAACCCAGUGGAACCAUCUGGCGAACCUCAUUGGAUAAGUUCAUUAGGAGAGGCACCGAUGGUUGAUUUUAGAGUUCAAAUAGCCACUAAAGAUGAUUUUAAGGCAACAAAAGCUCAUUGGUUUUACAGAUUUCGAAAUCAACGAAAAUUAAAAAAUCUGAUGAUCUACAACAAAGGAGGCUGUAAAAAAUCAUCACCUGGGAUUGGUGACGUUAAGUUUGUAAAAGAUCUGAUGACUGAUAACGUUGUGACAACAAGUUUUCGUUGCUCAAAAUUUGGAGUUGCACACAAUAAAAGAACACAAUUUGGAUGGGUAAAAAUGAACGAUUGUUUAAGCAGACCCUGUCCCUCGGGGUUUGCUUUUCAUCACAAAUAUAAAAUUCAAACAGACUAUUCUGGAGCAUUCAGCUACAGUACGAUAAAUCCAAUAUCUGGUGUGAACUUCGGAGCGACGGCAUUGGUUGGCUGUGACAAUGGAAAGUGCUGUGGGUGUUAUGGUCCUAAGAAUGUAAAGAGCAAUUAUUGUUUUCAAGAAUGUGAGGCAAAGAAUGGCGGAACAAUUAAGAAAAAUGUUUUUACUUGGUUUUGGGUGCGUUCUCGUAUUCCUACAAGAAAAUGGAGCAAUUGCAUGGAUUACAAAGUUAUCGAAAAUGGAACUGCUGUUUGGUACAAGUUACUGGGUAGUAAUGAAGUACCUGUGAAAGGUCGUUGUACAAAAGAUAAACCACUGUUUUAUGAAGGAAUGAUUGUUGUACCAGAUAAUAUCACCAUGAAAAAAGUUCCGAAUAUUGAAGGAAUGAUGGUUUAUCGUAAAGACAAAAAUAAACUUUAUGUUCAAGAGGACAAACAACUAAAGGCAUUGGCUGAAGAAAAAAAGAUUCUAGAAACACUGAACAAAGAUAUAUCUAAGGUUGAGAAUGAAGUGAAAGCUAUCAAUAUUACUUUGGGCAGAAGAAGAUUUUCUUCGUUGCUUUCUCGUGAUAUGUCGGCUUCAACGAUACUCAUACGAGAGCCAGCAAGGUUUUUGAAACAGUUAAAGAGUUGGUUUUCAUUCAGUAAAUUGACUUGUUGUUGGAGAACUUCCAUUGAUGGAUGGGAUUCCAGAAUUUUCCACUCAAGAUGUGACAAUCGAGGAAAAACUAUAACUUUAGUUAAAGUUGGGAAAUACAUCUUUGGUGGAUAUUCAACGUAUAAAUGGGGUGGUUCAAGUGGAAGUUAUCGAACAAGUUCCAGUAAUUACAUUUUCUCACUUCGUAACAAAGACAAUUUAAGUCCAUUUAGAUCACCAGUUUAUCGUUACAGCAACAGGGCCAUCUAUACUUCCCCUGGCUAUGGACCAACGUUUGGAGGAGGACAUGACAUACGCAUUGCAAACAACGCAAACAAAAACAAAUAUUCCUACACAAAUUUUGGACACACCUAUCGUGCUCCAUCUGGUUACAGCUAUGGCAGUAGUAACACCCAAGCUCUUCUUGCAGGUUCAUACACCUUUACACCUGAUGAAGUUGAAGUUUAUUAUUAUGUUUAAUGUUUCACGUGAACUUCACAUGAUCUUCAUAAUUAUCAAUUCAGAAAUGUAGCCACGAUGUAGUGUUAAAGUAGAUUUUGUAGAUGUAGUUAAAUGUUGUCUUCAUUAUUUCUAUCAUAAUUAUCUUUCAUCAAAA